AUGGGCGCCAACGACCCCCGACCUGCCUACGGACAAACGACAGCGCCGCUCCCGAUUUCCAACUUCAACCCUGCAGUUCCACCAUCCGCAAUGCCCUCCGCCUCAGCCGCGCCUCUCUCGGCCGUCUCCUCACAGGGCGGGCCGGCGUCGGCACCAUCGACUGGAGGAUCGGCGGCCACACCGAAGAAAAAGUCGCGGCGCAAUACUGACCCUGCAGCGCAAAAGCGACGGUGCGUCAGCACGGCCUGUGUCGCAUGCCGGAAGAGGAAGUCCAAGUGCGACGGCGCACUGCCGAGCUGCGCGGCUUGCGCCAGCGUCUAUUGUACCGAGUGCGUGUACGACCCGAACUCGGACCAUCGGCGGAAAGGCGUCUAUCGUGAGAAAGUGGACAGCAUGAAAGCACAAAACUCGACCUUGCAAAUCCUCAUUGAGUCGAUCCUCAAUGCUGAUGAGGAUGAUGUGCUUGCCAUUGUGAGAAAGAUUCGCACGUGUGACAGCCUCGAUGCGGUGGCCGAGUCGAUCAUGAAGGACGACCAAAACAACAACGGAGACGGCGGAGAUGACGCCAGCACCGUGUCAGACAAUGCGACAGUCGACCCAGACCAAUCAGCGGAAGGCGAGAUCGAACUAGCCAGGAAGAUGGGUGAAUUGCGUCUUGAAAACGGCUCUGUUCGCUUCAUCGGCGGCACCUCCCACUUAAUAUAUAUUGGCGACUCUCUAGGUGACAACGACGUUGUCUCGAGCCCCGAAAACAGCGCCGAGGGCGCUUCGGCAGCCGAGGGCGAAUCUCAGUUCGAGUCACCGUAUACCACGACCGAGGAGGCCAUCAACAGCUGGACGAACGUCACCGCCGACACUUCGUUGAUCAUCCAUUUGAUGAAUAUGUACUUCAACUGGCACUACACAUACUUCACCACCCUCUCCAAAAGCCUCUUUUACCGCGACUUUCUUCGAGGCCGGCCACUGGUGCCGCCAAAGCGUACCGUCUAUUGCACAUCGCUCCUUGUCAACGCCAUGCUCGCCCUGGGCUGCCAUUUCACCGGUGCCGUCGGGGCCUUUGCCAUCCCUGGAGACAGCCGUACGAAGGGCGACCACUUCUUCGCGGAGGCGAAGCGCCUCAUCGUCGAGAACGACGAAUACGAAAAGCCGAAGCUUGCCACUGUGCAAGCCUUGGCUCUAAUGUCGGUCCGCGAAGCUGGUUGUGCUCGUGAAGCCAAGGGGUGGGUAUACAGCGGCAUGAGUUUCCGCAUGGCCCAGGACAUUGGCCUCAAUUUCGACUCCAGCCCCAGUACGGGCUCGUCAAUAGGGGCUGCCGAACACGAUGGUCAUCACCAGAUGGACGACAGUGAGAUCGAUGCGCGCCGCAUCACUUUUUGGGGCUGCUUCCUAUUCGACAAGGCGUGGUCCAACUAUCUCGGCCGCUUGCCCCAGCUUCCAAAGAACUCGUACAGCGUGCCCAAGUAUGAUGUCUUCCCCGACGAGGAUGCGGAGCCUUGGUCACCUUUCACCGACUCUGGCUUUGACGUAUCGCUUCGGCAGCCAUCCCGGACCCGCGCCAUUGGUCUGCACCUAUCUAAGCUGUGCGAGAUCAGCAGCGAUCUGCUCCUCUUCUUCUACCACCCGAAUCACAUCGGCCGUUCCAACGGCAAGGCAGUCGAGCUUAAGAAGCUCAGCGAACUGCACCGUCGUCUGGAGGACUGGCGCCGCGAACUCCCUGUUGAAUUCGAGCCUAAAGAGGGACAGCUUCCGAAUGUGCUGUUAACACAAUAUGCUGCUUACGCGCAUUCUAGCAUGUUCUUCCAUCUCCAGUACAUUCAUCUUUUCCGCCCCUUUCUCAAGUACACCCCGAAAGCGUCACCGCUGCCAGCACAUGUAUCUCCCCGGCGUAUCUGCACGUCAAAUGCCAGUGCCAUCUCCAAGCUGAUGCGCCUGUACAAAAAGGUUUACAACCUUCGCCAGAUCUGCAACAUUGCUGUUUACAUGAUCCACUCCGCCUGCACCAUUCAUCUACUUAACCUCCCCGAGAAAACAGCCAAGCGCAACAUCAUUCACGGUGUCAAGCAGCUCGAAGAGAUGGCUGAGGACUGGCUCUGUGCCCGCCGCACUCUCAGUAUCAUCAGUGUCCUCGCACGCAAGUGGGGUGUCGAGCUGCCCGAAGAGGCCUCUCAGGUCUUACAGCGCUCUGAUGAGAAGUACGGCACCUUCAGCACGGCCGAUGUCCCGUCUCCAAACCUGUCUGUGGGCUCCGCCGUUGGUCCCCAUGGGUCCGGCAACUCGCCACAGCACAUCCAAGCCUUUGGAAGCGCAAACGUGGAAGGUGGUGGCGAUACCUCUCCCUCGGCAGCUGCGCACAAUGCGGCAGUGAAGUCGGAGCAGCUUGUCGCUGGUAGCCUGGCCAUCACGGCCAUGCCGGGUCUGCUGGAGCAAUUCUCUCAGCAGUCACCGACGUACCAGGAUUUUUCAACACCGGGUGUCACACCAGAGUACCUCAGCGGCCUCCCAAAGGCGAACUCUCCCAUAACCGGCGCCGUCGCUCCUGUUUCGAAGCAGCCAUCGUAUUCGCAGAGCACGGCCGGCCCUUCUGCCGGGCCGUCGGCUGUAUCUGUAGGCGGUUCUGUGCCCAAUGUUAGUACCUGGUCUAUGGACCCUGCUGUCACGCAGUCCAUGCAGGGCUAUGAACAUGCACAAUUGGCAUACCAUCAGCCGACGUCGCAGCCGGACAUGCCGUCCAACAUGUACGGUGUCGACGGGCAGGACUGGUUCUUGAAAGAGGGCGUCAGCUGGCAGCACAACUUUGAGACGUGGGGCUUCCCCCAGCAACGACAGCAAGGGCCCGCGUCCCCAACCAACCCGCAGCAGCAGCAGCAACAACAACAACAGCAGCAGCAAUCAGAUCGUGUACGGCAAGCACACCCGCAACAGCAAAUGUCGCGGUCGCGUAACCACACCCCGACGAGCACGGAAAACAACAGCACGCCCAUCUCGGACAGCAGUUUGUUUAUGUUUCGAGGCCCGCAUGGCUCCGAUCUCGAUAUGACUUUUGACGGUCUAGCUACGACGGGCGGAAACGUGGAUGGACUUGGGCCUGUCUAG